GGGUAAUCCAAGAAGGUGCAGCAGGUGUAGUACUCAUUGUUACUAUCAUUACAUAUCUUGAAAAAAAUCCUACAGCAAGCAAACAUAAUACUGCAGAAAUCUUUAAUAUAACAACAAAACAACUGCGUGAUUGGAUUAAAAAAAAAAAAGAAUUAAAAAUUGCACCACCUUUUGUUAGACGGCUAAAUACUAGCUCACACCCUAAAUAUCCGCUUUUGGAAAAUGAGCUUAAAACUUGGAUUAGAUCUUUAUGUUCAUCUCAAAAAGUUGUAACUCAAAAUAUGGUCAAAACUAAAGCAAAGCAACUUGCAAAAGCAUCACGUUUUACUUCAAUUUACCCAAAGAUCAAUGAGUGCAAGUGGAACAAUGCAAGCGAUAGUGAAAGCAUUAUAGAUUUGACCCUAAACAAUAAUAAUGAAAAUGAUGGUGGCAGUGAUAGCUUGGGUGAAGAAAACAGAAAUGAUGAUAAUAAUGAAAAUGGCUCAAAUAAAGGUGAUGACUAUAGUAAUGACAAUGAUAAUAGUGAAGAUAGAGAUGGCAGUGGUGAAGAAAACAGAAAUGACGAUAGUGAUAACAAAAAUAGUUCAAAUGAAGGUGGUGACUUAAAUGAUCAAGAAGACCAUGAGGAAGACACAUAUUAUGAAGACAAAGUGAUAGA